AUGCCACCCGCGACAUCGGUGUGGCGGCGCAGCGGCAGCACGGCGCCGCCCUGGCUCGGGUGGGGUCCUGGCAUGGUCGUAGCACUGCGGAUGUACGAGCUUCCGAUAUCGCGUCUCCCAAAACCUCCGAGCGACUCGUUUGUCAAAAUCGCCAUGAAGUGGUUCACUCCGCUUCUCGUGAUGUCUUUGAUCUCCUUGACCCAGUCCCUGCGCAAAGAGGACACUGAGAACGACCACUUGAGCCCUGAUGGGGGCGAUGGCCGAGUGUCGUAUUAUUGCGCAUCCAUCAAACCGCAAGAUGCAGGGUCUUGCAACUACAUCAAGGAUCCGGACAUGUGUGCCGAACGCAAGGAGAUUUGUAUUUGGAAACCUUACCCGUGA